AUGGGAAUUGGUCAAGAAAUAAUGGCGGAGUUAAUGAAUGAUGAAGGAUAUUUCCUGAAAUUAGACAGAAAUUCUGAAGAAAUAGCAAAAAUAGAAGAAGAAUUAAGAACGGGAACACUUCCUUCAAUAUUCAAACUGCACUCACAUAAGUCAGUUAUAGCCCCGCACAGUGCAGAGGAUUAUUUAGAGUUAUUAUUGGUUAUAGAUAUUAAGCAGGCACAGGUUAAAGUGUUAAAGGAAAUAGUGGAGAGGGUUAUGAGCUAUCCUCUGGCGUAUUACGAAGUAAAAAAAAGAGUAACUGAAUUAUUAAGAGAGAAGAGCAUGGAGUACAUAAGAAAGCAUAAGAAACUAGAAAUAUCAUUAUUUAAAGCGCAUGUUAUGGUUAUGUCUAGGUGCAGUAAAGCAUACUUCAGUGGAAUGAUUAAACCUUUAUGUGAUGAAGGUAUGUCUAAUAAUAUAGCACUAAUUCUUAGCAGAGUUAUAAUGAAGUGUACGUGUGAGAAAGGGCAUAUGGAAGAUAUGCUCAGGAAUAUUAUGGUAUUAGAAAGGACUCAUUCCGUAUACAUAUUAAUAACAGCAAUUCUUAUUAAAGGAAUUCGGUUCAGUCAAGAUAUAAUUGAUGAUGUACAUCAGUACAUAUUAGAUGAACUGCAGAAUACCAGUACUAGAUACCUUGCAUGGAACAAAGUAGUACUUAUAUUCAUAAGGAAUUAUAAAAACCAAGUAGAUACAUCUUUAUUAAUAGACAUGUACAGAGAGCCCACCUCUCCCAUAGAAAUAGAAAUAUUGAAAGAAUUGAAUAAUGAAAAGACUGAAUAAUCCAGUGCAACGGUUUAUUACAGUAAGAAUAAAUAUUUAUACUGAAUU